AUGAGCAAGAAGAGAGUGCUUGCAGAGACCAGUAGGCAGGAUGGCCUGCACUUAGUAUUUCAGGUGACAAAGCACUCUACCAUUGCCACUGGCUUCCAACCUGUGUUUUACUACUACUUGCACAUAUACCUGCUUUCAUACAACUUUGACCGUGUGCAAAAAGUUGUUGCACUGCAGCCAUACACCAUCUUUAUCAUGGGUGCUGCCCCAGGUUCUGUGUCAUUGCUUGUCAAUGACAGAGUUACCAUAUCCAACAUCUUCAAUAAGCUGGCAGACCAAAGUUUCAUUCUGCAAUGGCAGCACUACAGACUCUAUCUAACAAAGUGUGGCCCAUUUUCCCCAAUGCUUGACCACUCUAUGACCCUCAGCAAAUUGAAUCUUGGGUCUCCACCUCAGCCCAUUCCACCUACUAUUGUACACACAUUAACAGAAGAAAAUGCCUGGUGUGUAAAGAAGAAAAGGGGCCCGGGGCUGAAUCAUUAUGUGAUUCACAGAGUGGUUACUGGGCCUAAAGGACCUUCAUUGUUGUCCACACCUAUGCCCUCGACGUCUCACACCUCUUUUAUCACGUUCACAGGUUUACUUCCACCAUCCCAUCUCUCAGUGUUGGUCAUUCACUCUUCUCUCUCCUCGCCCACCGCCUCAAUCUUAAACCUGCCAAAGCUGAAGCCUAAGAAUAUGCGUGUUCACAAGGUUCAUUCUGUGGAUUCAAUGACUGCUGUCCCUCCUAUGAAACAACUCCCAGAUCCACAUGAUCUCCCACAGAAGAAGCUUAAAGGCGUCAAAAUCUACUCUGCCCGGUCUGGAAGAGUGGCAUAUCAUCAAUAUACUAAGUACACCGUUGAGAAAGAUGGGGCAUUACAACCCGACCACUUGUUUGUCAAGGUCUUAGGUCCUUUAUCUGAAACUCUACUGUCUGCCAUUUCCACAUCAACUAUGGUCAUGGCGCCACAGAUUCCUGAAUGUGCUGAUAAUCUCCCAUCUGAAGUAGACCUCAGCAUUCUCAACAUCCCACCACAGUGCACCAGAACUGCUGGGGACCAUCCCAAGAUGGUUUGGAUGUCUGCACGUGACCGUUAUUUACAGGAGACUAUAUGUCUUGAAGGCCGCACCGGUUGUGGUCCCAUUUGCAAAGGCUACAAUGUUUUGAAGGCUGGAUGUGAGCUGUUCUGUGCUUCAUGCACCGUCCAUCAGCACGUGCGGAGCCCUUUGCACCAAAUAGAAUUGGGCUUGCACAUACAGCUUGGCCACAAAAUCGGUGAUCAGUGCUACAACAAAACCAAAGGAUUUGGCAACAACUUUGUGGUGGUGGACGUACGCAGCAUCCACAAGGUUGGUGUUGACUUUUGCAAGAAGGGUCUAGGUUGCACUGAGCAGCUGUUGCAAAUGCAAUGGUUCCCUGCAAUGUCGGACAAACCCAAGACUGCAGCCACCUUCCAGGUUCUGGAAGCUUUUCAGCUUCUCUCCUUCGGAUUAAAGGUGUCUGGCUAUGACUAUCUCCUUUGA